AUGAGCACCAGCCUCAAACGCAGGGGGAGUCUGCAAGACGGCGAAGAGCCACUUAAACGCUCUAGGAAGCUUGUCGAAGUCGUACCAGAUGGAGAUGUCCUACUUAAGGUUGGCGAAGGGGCGGAUGCUCUUGAAAUACGAGUCUCGGGGAUGGUCAUCAGCCUUGCGUCAGAUGUCUUCUCUCGAAUGCUCUCGUCGUCAUUCACUGAAGCAAGGUGCAAAGAAAUUGAGUUGAGAGAAGACGAUCCAGAGGUUAUCCUGGACUUCUGCAACAUUGUCCACCAUAAGAUCGAGAACCUCAACCAUUGCGACGGCUCAAGGCUCUUGAAGCUUGCAGAGUUGGCGGAUGCACGAUUCUGUGUGAAGACGCUAAGACCCUGGGUUGUUACGAGGCUGGGUGGUAUAUUAGAAGCAUUCAAGGACAAGCAACACGACCUCACCGCAACUUGCAAGAAUCGAAUCUCGCACAAGAACUCACUUGAGCUCCACAUCGAACAGGGCAUAGGCCUCGCUGCAGUUUUCAAGCUGGAUGAUUUGUUUUGGUUCGCGACGAGGCAUAUGUUACUUCUGUGGUCAUGUUCUCCUUGUAGUCGCAACCCAAGAAUACCUUCAUUUGCCGAGCCAGCUCUUCGUUCGGGCCAAAUCAGCCUUCGAGAAAUGCUUGACAAGCUCCGCAAGCAGCGACUAUAUGACUUCCUUGACGACGUCUUCCAGUGUGUUGGCAAAAAUUUCGACAAAGGCUUCAUUCAUCCGCGGUUGAUUCCGCGGCGGACCUGUUCAGUCAGCAGAUACGGCUCCUUCAUCUUGUGCUUGGCUCGCAAGAGUAUCAAACCAGGAGAAGCUGGAAAAUAUCAGAAAUCAAUUUCCCAGGCGAUGGCUGCGGUUCGGAGUCUCUCACGGCAAACAGGGACCUGGGAGGAGCUAUUGAGACCCGGAACAACGGAAUUGUGCACUAUGGGCGGUAGAGAACCCUGUGUGUUCUGCCAGAGAGAUAUUGCGUUCGAAUUGUCAGUGGUCGUCAAAAGACACUUGGACACGAUCCCAGGGGCCUGUCUUGUCUGCUUCACUACUGGUAGGGAGGUUUACUUUCACGCCACUCGCAACCACGAGAAGCACCAGGGUUGA